AUGCCGCCUAAACGACAGCAACCACCAACGGCAGAAGAAAUUGCAGCAAAAAAACAACGUAAUACUGAAGCUCAACGGCGCCGUAGAGCAGCCAUGCCUGAACAACUAUUGCUAAAGCAUAGGGAAACAAAUACAGUUAGCCGUCAACGACGCCGAGAAGCGAUGGAUGUAGAGCAGAUCCAACAACUACGUGAAACAAAUACAGUUAGCCAUCAACGACGCCGCGAAGCGAUGAAUGUCGAGCAGAUCCAACAACUACGUGAAGCAAAUACAGUUAGCCGUCAACGACGCCGAGAAGCGAUGGAUGUAGAGCAGAUCCAACAACUACGUGAAACAAAUACAGUUAGCCGUCAACGACGCCGCGAAGCGAUGAAUGUCGAGCAGAUCCAACAACUACGUGAAGCAAAUACAGUUAGCCGUCAACGACGCCGCGAAGUGAUGAAUGUCGAGCAGAUCCAACAACUACGUGAAGCAAAUACAGUUAGCCAUCAACGACGCCGCGAAGUGAUGAAUGUCGAGCAGAUCCAACAACUACGUGAAGCAAAUACAGUUAGCCAUCAACGACGCCGCGAAGCGAUGAAUGUCGAGCAGAUCCAACAACUACGUGAAGCAAAUACAGUUAGCCAUCAACGACGCCGCGAAGCGAUGAAUGUAGAGCAGAUCCUACAGGUACGCGAAACGAAUGUUGUAGAUGAAAGACAACGCAAUAAUAGAAUGCAACACAAUGAGAUUAUGCAAGAGCGCAAUGAAAACGCUGAAAGGCAAAGAGUUGUACGCCAACAUCAAACAGGACGUCUGAAUAGAUUUGUCAGAUCUUGCAAUACCGCUUUACUCUAUGAAAACUUCGCAGAAGAUGAAAUUGAAGAAAGUCACCUCGGCGCAAUGAGCAUUAAUUGUCCAUUUUGCUAUGCUAAACAUUUUAAAAAUGAAUGCUCAUCCAAUUGUUGCCACAAAGGAACCAUUUUAUUACCAGAAAUAAAAAUGCACCCUUACAUUUCAAAUUGUAUGAGUGGAUCGGAUCCCAAUUCCAAAAAUUUUAUGGAAAACAUCAGAUCGUACAAUAGUGCAAUGGCCUUUGCCUCGAUGGGAGCACAAGUGGAUGAGGCAGUGACUAAACGUUCAGGUCCUUAUUGCUACAGAAUCCAUGGGCAAAUAUACCACGCUACCUCUGCACUAUACCCACGUAAAGGCGAAUCACCAAAAUUUGCCCAAUUGUACAUUUUGGAUUCGGCUCAAGCUUUAAAAGAGAGAAUGUCUAAUCCUGCAAACAGUAGAUGUAUGAUUGAAGUUAUGGAGAAUCUCCAAAACCUUUUUUGUGAAAUAAACCCGUUAUCAAGGGAAUAUAAUAACUUGAUGACUUUUGAAAAAAAUGAAAUGCUAAGGGCAAAUCGCGAUAAUCGAGCUCCCAUCGAAUAUAGCAUGACUUUUUUGAAGGAAAGUGUUGUUCAUAAUGAUGUGCACCCUGGCAGAAGCAACGCUCCCACUGCUAGAGGAGAAAUCGCCGCUGUUUUUCACAGUGCAGACGGUGCACCCCCCGAACAUCGAGACAUUACUAUUCAUCCGAAAAACGGUAAUUUACGAAACAUAUCUAUCCUAAGCAGACUCUGCGAUCCGAUGUGCUACCCUGUGCUUUUUCCAUACGGAGAUUCAGGGUGGACCACAGAUCUAAAAAAAAACAAGGGUCAAGAAAAUAUAUCUCAACUACAGUGGUACUCCUACCAUUUUGCCAUUCGCGUUGGAAAGUUUAAUCAGUUCCUCAACGCAGGAAAGUUAACUCACCAGUUUAUGGUUGACGCAUAUUGUAAGACAGAGGCUAAUCGGUUAAAUUGGUUUCGUAAAAAUCAAAACUCAAUCCGAGCUGAAGACUACGAUGUGCUUCACCGAUUUGUUAACAACCAGAACCAGGAUGAUGUUACCAUAUUUCCAGGAAAAAGGAUUAUUUUGCCUUCAACGUUUCAAGGCAGUCCCAGAAAUAUGACCCAGAACUAUCAGGAUGCUAUGGCCAUUGUAAGAAAAUAUGGUAAACCUGAUUUGUUUGUGACAGUAACCUGCAACCCCAAAUGGAGUGAAAUAAAGGAAAAUUUACUAGCAGGCCAGCAGCCAUGUGAUAGGCCUGAUUUGGUAGCUAGAGUUUUCGAAAUGAAACUGAAAUUGCUCCUGAAUGAUUUAACUAAAUUUCAUAGAUUUGGACGUGUUAGAGCAAUGCUUUACGUUAUCGAAUUUCAGAAACGGGGUCUACCACACGCGCACAUAUUGAUGUUUAUGGUGCCGGAAGACAAAGCCUGGGAAAAUGAAAGAAUAAACAAAAUAGUUUGUGCAGAAAUCCCAGAUAAAGCCUCACACCCACGUCUACAUGAAAUAGUAAAAACCUGUAUGAUACACGGCCCAUGUGGUCCGCUGAAUCCAAAAUCAACAUGCAUGGAAAAUGGUAAAUGCAGCAAAGAAUACCCAAAAGCUUUCUGUGCAGAAACCAACAGCAACGUCAGGGGGUAUCCGCAAUAUCAACGCCGUGACAAUGGACAUUUUGUUGAAAGUGGUGGAAACAAAUUGGACAACAGAUGGGUGGUGCCAUACAACCCAUACCUGACUCUAAAAUAUAACGCCCACAUAAAUGUAGAAAUAUGCAGCUCAGUUCAAAGUGUAAAGUAUUUGUUUAAAUACGUUUACAAGGGACAUGACUGUGCAAAUAUACAAUUUCAAACUGUUAACACGGAGCAAGAAACUGUUGUGGAAUGGGACGAGGUUAAACAUUAUUUGGAGACUCGAUAUGUAAGUGCACCUGAAGCAUGUUGGAGGCUCAGGGAAUAUAAAAUGCACCACCAAACUCAUCAUGUGGAAAGGUUAAAUGUCCACCUUGAGGACAAACAAACAAUAUGCUUUAUUCCAGGCAAGGAGGCUGAAGCUGUGCAACAGAAAGCCACAAAGUCCAAGCUUCUGGCUUGGUUUAAGCUCAAUCAGGAAGAUCCAAAUGCCCGAGAUCAUUUAUAUAUUGAAAUCCCCGAACACUAUACAUGGGAUGACAAAAACUUCAAAUGGAAACCGCGUCUUAGGGGACACGAAACAACAAUUGGAAGAAUGUAUUCAGUAAGCCCCACAGAUAGAGAAAAAUGGUUUCUCCGUAUUCUUCUUCUUAAUGUUAAAGGUGCCACAUCUUACACUGACAUCAGAAAGGUUGAAAGAAAUCAUACCCCAUUUGCAACCUUUCAGGAAGCAUGCAUUGCAAGGGGUUUGACCGAUGAUGACUCCGAAUGGGAUGCAUGCCUAACAGAAGCUGCAAUCCAUCAAAUGCCAGUGCAACUUAGACAGUUGUUUGCUUUUAUUUGUCUCAUGUGUGAGCCUUCAGAUGCAGCAGCAUUAUUUGACAGACAUUCCAAAUCUCUGAUGGAAGACUUUCAAAGACAAUUUCCUGAUGGAAAUCGAGCUUUAUUUUUAACACUAAAAGAUAUUGAAUCUGUCUUUCUGACUCAUAGAAAGUCAUUGGCAGAUUUUCGCCUAGACCUCCCAGCCGACAGAUAUGCAGAGCCUGUUCAUCCUGGGAAAAAAUUUGAUCCAGUGACUGAAGGGACAUUGUUUGAAGAAAAGUUUCGCAUGCUUAACUCUGGACAAAGAAAGGCUUUCGACAUAAUCAGGACAUCCAUUGAAAAUCCUGACUUACCCAACCGUCUCUUCUUUAUUGAUGGACCAGGAGGAAGUGGUAAAACGUUCCUAUACAACACAAUCAUGCACUACGUACGCAGCAAAAAUGAAUUGGUCUUGCCAUGUGCAUUUACGGGCAUAGCAGCAACUUUACUUGAGGGAGGCAUAACAUCACACAGCCGUUUUAAGCUGCCUAUUCCAAUAAAUGAAACAUCCACCUGUAAUGUGCGACACGGGACAAAUACGGCGAACGAGCUUAAAAAGGCCAAAGUGAUAAUCUGGGAUGAAGCUUCAAUGGUCCCAGCACAUGGAGUUGAUGCAGUUGACUCACUUUUUAAAGAGCUUUUAGCUGAAAACCCACACGUUCCUUCUAGGAAACCGUUUGGAGGUGCUGUUUUUCUAUUCGGAGGCGAUUUUCGACAAAUUCUCCCUGUUGUUCCACAUGGCAGUAGGACUGAAAUAGUUUCCUCAUGCAUGAAGAACAGCAAAUGUUGGAAUCACAUUCAGGUCUUAAAGUUAGACCAAAACAUGCGUGCCAAUGACCAGAACGAUCUGUUACAAACCCUGGAUUUUUCAGAAUGGCUUUUAAAACUUGGUGAUGGAAAACUACAAGAGCCGGGAUUAGAGGAAGACAUCUUUGAAGUUCCACCAGUCUGCAUCGAAAACGGGUGUAUUGUAGAUGCCGUCUUUCCUAAGGUCAUCGUACCAGGUGAUGAAAGCAUUGAUAACCGGGCCAUCCUAACACCAAAAAACCAGGAAUCUAUCGAAUUAAAUGAAAUUAUUCUAACAAGAGUUCAAUCGGAAUUAAAAUGCUAUCAGAGUAUCGAUUCCAUUCAGCAAGACAGUACAAAUGCAGAGGAGGCAGCAAACUAUCCAUUGGAGUUUUUGAACAGUCUAACACCUGGAGGUAUGCCACCUCAUAGACUUAAUUUGAAAGUUGGGUCAGUUGUUAUGUUGCUCCGAAACCUUGAUUCCACCAGAGGCCUUUGCAAUGGCACCAGAAUGGUCGUCAAGCAGCUAAUGUCAAAGGUCAUAGACUGCGAAAUAAUGAUCGGGUCGUUUAAAGGCACGAGAGUGUUCAUACCAAGAGUUAUUCUUUCGCCCAGUGACUCCAACCUUCCCUUCACGUUAAGAAGGAAACAGUUUCCAUUGAGACUUGCUUUUGCCAUGACGAUAAAUAAAAGCCAAGGACAAACAAUGGAUACUGUAGGCAUUUAUUUGCCUUCACCAGUUUUUAGUCAUGGGCAACUCUAUGUAGCAUUCUCCAGAUCCAGGUCAUUUCAGAGAAUCAAAGUAAAAGUCAUAAGAACUGAACAGCAAGGCAAUUUAAAGAAAGACCACAGAAUUUACACCAAAAAUGUGGUCUAUAAAGAAGUUUUUGCCAAUUAG